AGUGACUGCCUACUUGUGUAAGAAGGAAAAGCUUUGGCUCUUUUCGGCUUCGCUCCUGCCUGCGGCGGCGGCGGCCCGCUGGCAAUUGCGUUUAACUAUACCAAGGAAACCAAACCUCUUUCGCUUCUAACCCAAGCCACCCUCUCGGCUUCUCCCUCUUCCCCACCACUACCACCUACUUAUAUGCAUGUCUGCUCUUGUUUCUUUUCACAGUCAAACACUUCUGUUUUCUUUUACCCUUUUGCUUCUUUUAAGGCCUGGAAGAGGAAAGAUUUGAUCUUUCUUAUUCUGGAGUUGUUUAAUUUCCGUUUUCUUCCAUUUCAUAUAAUCAAGGGACUGUGUCUAGCAAGCAGGUGUAAAUGUCUCUGGUGAACCGAAACUAUGCUCAUAUGGGUCCAACUCUAAUCCUGAGGAGUGAUUCGUUACUUGGAUACACAGAGCAGAGCUCGUUGAUGAUGGAGAAGAGACAAUUGUUCCUGAGAAGCUACCAGUUCUGCAGAAAGAAGAGCCUUACAGAAAAAAUCAAGAGAUAUUUGGUGAGAGUGAAGAAAGUUAUGUGGCUGAAACUACGAUCUGCUUGUAAACUUCGAAGGUUGGUGUGGUCUAGACUUCGUUAUUCGUUCUACUGCCGCCGCAGGAGAAAUUUUAUCCGUUUCCGCAGUCCUAAUCACCAUUACUGCUCUUACCCUUCUUCUUCUUCUUCUUCUUCUUCUUGCUUCCGUUAGUUUUUCUACAGUUCCUUCACUUUCUUUCUUCUUCUCUCUGCUCCUGGAUACCCUGUUUCACUUUAUGAUUGUAUCUGGAAUUUGUAUAACUCAUAAAAGCUUAAUUAAAAAUCUUUAUUUAAAUGCAACAGCAGACUUUUUACCAACUUGUUUGCUAUAUGUGAGAUGUUCUAAACUGGUAAUCACUCUCUAACUCUGUGCUCUAUCAAGAAAAAUCUGAAUUGUUUCGAGAAAAAAUUUAUUAUUAGUUUCAUGCAAUUAAAGUUCUUCAAACAAGUCCAGAAUCUGCUCUUCAAAACUAGUCCCAGUUGUUGGAAUUCCAUUAUGGUCUGUUUGGUAUUGCACAAAUUCAAAGUCUUGUUUUUUUCCUUUCUUCUUCUUCAACUUAGGAAAAUCAAAAGCAGCAUCUGGCCAAGGGGGAAGGAUUGAAGAGUGAGAAAGUUAAUGGGGAAUUGAGAGUUUGUCUUUGCAUUUACACAUUCAAAGCAAAGGCCUCUUUUGCAUUCCAAAUUUCUGGAUUUCAUGUGAUCUUUAAUCUACCAUUUCAGGCAUUUCCAGCUUGUUAGUUGUAUUUGUAAAUGUUAUCUUUUGAAUUAGCAGCUUAAUAGAGUAACUCAGCAUAAUACACCAAGCUUACCUUCAAUCUAGUUAAGGUUUCAUCCAGAGCCAGAAGGCAUCUUCCACUGUCAGAUGCUGACAGAUACUGGACUAUAAUAAAAAAAACCCAUGAUUUUGUCUUCUUUGUAGUACACGACA